UAUAGACAACGUCGUAUUGUUAGCGUCUGUUGUUAGGCUCCUCCCCUCACUACCAUCGAGAUUUAUGAUUUUCUUUAAAAACUAACUCCAAAAAUGCCUGACAAGGAAACGGGCGAUCGUAAAGACCGGAAAGCCGGCGAAGAUUCGAGUAAAUCCAAAGAUGGUAAAGAUAAAAAGGAUACCAAAGAAUCUGGCAGGAAAAAGGGAAGAGAUUCGAGCAGUGACAGUUCAUCAAGCAGGAGUUCCAGAUCAUCUAGCAGCAGCAGCAGCAGUAGUUCUAGUUCAAGAUCCUCUAGCAGUUCUUCGUCUGACUCAAGAUCCUCAUCCAGCUCAUCUAGCUCAUCUGACUCUUCUGGAUCAUCUCAUUCUAGUGGAUCGUUAAAGAAACACCAGAAAAAGAGAGUGCCAUCCACUGACAAGCUGAAAGUUGACGCCAAACCAGAAGAUGAGAAAAACAAACUUGAUGGAGAAAAGAACAUUGACAAAGAUAGAAACAAGGAAAACAGACGAUCUAGAUCCACCUCACCCCGCCGGCGUCGGCGUGAUCGUUCCCCUACACCGAAACCACUGCGAAUUCAUAUUGGUCGCCUGACGCGUAACGUCAACAAAGACCACCUUACCGAAAUAUUUUCCGUCUAUGGAAAUAUCAAAGCCAUCGAGUUACCUAACGAGCGUGCCGGUUUGAGUCACCUACACCGCGGCUUUGCUUACAUCGAAUUCUCAACAGCUGAAGAAGCGGAAAACGCGAUGAAACACAUGGACGGGGGUCAAAUCGAUGGACAAGAAAUCACAGCCGCUCCUGUCCUGAUACCUAAAAAUCGUCCACCACCACCUCGACGAAAUUCGCCACCCAGAAAUCGGCCUGGUCGUUGGGGAAUGGGAGGUGGUCGAUCCCCACCAAGGUUUCGACGACGUUCUCCUCCGCGAAGACGUUCACCACCACGACGUGAUAGAGAUAGGCGACCGCCACCACCUGCCCGUUCAAGGUCUCGUUCUCGCUCACCUAAUCGCCGUUCGGGUGGAAAUAAUCGCCGCUACAGUCGUUCUUCUUCAUCUUCUUCACGCUAAAGGGGAUAGACGAUCAUCUCUUCUUAGCCCCGGAAGAUGCACGUCCAGUACAUUUUUUUUUUUAUCACUCAACCUUGUGCUCGUGAUUCAUCUUCAGAUUUGCCCACGCUGUUGAUGGUGCAGUCAAUAGCGAACGCCACGUUUUCCGUAAUUUCCUGUUUUGAAUGGAAUCCUGAAAAAUGAUACAAUUACCUGACAAUGGAAUUUGUCGCUAGUUCGUAU